AAACGGAAUUACAGUAGUUGUCGUAAAUCCCAUGAGCUUAGAGUUGUGAUUGGACAAUAUAAGUGAUCACAUGACCCUGUAGGGUUAAGCCCUUAUGAAUCACCAAUUUUGGGAAAAUUCGCUUAGAUAGCGCAGCCGUUAGCCCAACUACUAAUCUCAACCAUCUUCACGUCGGGAGCUUUCUUUCUCUUCCUCGACAACCACCACCUUUCGAACUUUUUCCCAAGGAAGAUAGACGACCUUUCGCACUCGCCAUGCCUCCUAAGUUCGAUCCCAAUGAGGUGAAGAUCAUCCACCUGAGGGCCACUGGUGGUGAGGUCGGAGCCCAGUCUGCUCUGGCCCCCAAGAUCGGUCCUCUCGGUCUGUCUCCCAAGAAGAUUGGUGAAGAUAUUGCCAAGGCCACCGGUGACUGGAAAGGUCUCCGUGUCACCGUCAAGCUCACCAUCCAGAACCGUCAGGCUCAGGUCUCGGUUGUCCCCUCCGCCUCUUCCCUGGUCAUCAAGGCCCUGAAGGAGCCCCCCCGUGACAGGAAGAAGGAGAAGAACAUCAAGCACACCAAGAGCAUUCCUCUUGAUGAGAUCAUCGACAUUGCCCGCAUCAUGCGCAGCCGUUCCUUCGCCAAGGAGCUGAAGGGUACCGUUCUCGAGAUCCUCGGAACUGCUUUCUCCGUCGGUUGCCAGGUCGAUGGCCGCAGCCCCAAGGAUGUCGGUGACGACAUCAAGGCUGGCGAGAUUGACAUUCCCUCCGAGUAAAUGUUCGAUAAUGAAACUGGCGAUCAUUUUUCUCGUUUGUAACCACAUGCAGAUGUAAUACCCUGCAGGGUCAGAUACGAGAAUAUGAUAGCUUCAAAAGAUUUAUGAGACACGACCUUUUCCUUUUUUGUGUUCAUCUGCUCCAUCGUCGCUCAAACAAACCCGCUGAUGCUUUCGUCCAUGCGUUCCCUUUCAGGCUGGCCCCAGCCCCCUCGUUCCUCUUCAGUUCCCUCGCUUCCCCAUAGCGAUUCGGACGACAGGCGAAUGACUAU